AGCAAAUGUAUUAAAAAAAUUGAAAAUUUUGGAAGAUUUGUUAUUUUUGAAAAGAAAAAAUAAAAUUUUAUUUUGGAAGAAUUUUUAUUCUUAUUAAGUUUAUAGAGAAUUUUUUAUAUUUAAUAUGUACCAAAUAAAAGUAAACAUGUUAGUAAGUACAUUGAAAGUGCCAGUAGCCGAGUGGUAAAAUACCUUCCCAUUUGACCAACCAAUCUGGGUUCGACUCCAGGGGUUUACAUAUUUUUAAUUUCAAAUCGUGUAAAACGACGUCGUUUCAUCUCAUUUGAAAACGACGUCGUUUCACUUAACGUCAACAAUAAACGACGUCAAAUAUUUCUGUUAAAUUUGUUGACGGCGUGCUAAAUUGGCAAGUCAGCGAAAACAUUGUUAAUUAAUUCUAAAGUCAAUGAAAGUUUGGUGUUUUUUUGGCGAGCCCCAAAGUUCAUGUUUGUUUUGGCAAUUCGCGUAAAAUUGAGGUUUUUUUUGGCCGAAUUCCCAUUUAAAAACUAUAAAUUUGAUUGAGUAAGCAUGUGAAUGAAUUAUGCUUGCUUUCUUGUGCGAAUCUUCGGUGCACAUUCAUACACUCCGUAAUCAAAUUGUAGUUCUAUAGAUCUAUUUAAUACUAUUUGUUUCAUUUUUAACCAAGUAACAAAUUAUUUGUUACAACAAAUUAAAUUAAUUAAUUCUUAAACCCAUUUCCUUGUAAUGUAUACUUAUGUGUUUUUUCAAAAAAAAAAUGUAUACUUAUGUGCUCAUGUUUCAGAGAACUAUAUUAUUUUGAAAAGAAAACUGAGAUAAGUGUCCUUUUCAAAACAAAAAAAACUGAGAUAAGUGAAAGCAACAUAUGUUAGAAAUACAAGUUACAAAAAGAUAAUAGGUUUGUCUACUAUAUAAUUUGUAUAAAAGAUAAUGUUUCUUACUAAAAUCGAAAAUUAGGUUGUUUGGAUUAGAAGAAAGUGGACUGGACACAACCAACCAUCUAAUUUAUAUAUUGGGUGGGUGUCAAAAUAUAUAAAUACAUUUACAACAAAUUAGUUUUAUCUAACUAAGAUAGACUUAUAAUAAAUAUUUGAAUUGUUUAAAAUUGGAAGUUUAUAAGUUUUGCAUGUAUUAAUUCUGAGAAACUUUGAAAAAGAAAAUGAAAUGGAUGUUAGCAAAGACAAUGCACGAAAGCAUUCUCUCAUAGAUCACUAUUUUCAAAUUUUCAGCCAAUUUAUUGGUCGUUCCUCUUGUUUGUUUGUUUGUUUGAUUGAUUUUUGUAUGAUUGGCAAUCUUUUUUCCAAAAUCGAAUGGGAAGAAGAGCAAAUAAUUUACUUAAUCUUCACGCUUUCCAUUUAUUACACUGUCAUUUUGGACUGCCACUUUACUAUUCCAAUGCCUCUUUCACCACUCUCUAUUAUUCAUUCAGUCUCUUGAACUUUUUUUACAUUAUUCAAGUUUUAUAAAAUAAUCAGAAACACUAUAUCUAGGCUUCCUAGAUCAAUCAUAUAAACUUGAGAUAACUCAACUUUUUCCAUGUAGAUUCCACUUUGCUAAACUCUGAUAAUCAAUUUGACUAAUCUUAUUCGUGGUGUUCUCAGAACUCUUCUUUUUUGUGUUUAGUUCCGUCAUUCAGUGUUUGUUAGCAACUGUAUUUUCAUUUGAAUUUAAUUUUUAUGAAUGCCAAGAUUUUGAUAGUUUUUUUUUAUUUUCCGUCAAAUUGUUAAUUUCAUUCAAAGAAGAAUGCAAAGUUUAGACCAUCUCUAAUGGCUUACUCUAUUUUUUACUCUAAAAUAGAAUAACUUUAUAAUAGAGUUUGAAUUUGCUCCAAUGGUACUCUAUUUUAGAGUAGAAAAUAGAGUGAUGAAUAAAAAAAAUAAAUUACUCUAUAUUUGGAGUACACCUAUUUUUAAUAGAGUGAGAAAUAAUGUACUAUUGAAGCAUUUUUCACUCUAAACUCUAUUUUAGAGUGGGGUUGGAGAUGCUCUUACUACAAGCUGGCGGAAGAACAAAAAAUCUCCAUAAACAAAACGUUAAGCCUCUGACCAAAAUGUUAAGCGUCUGAACAAAAAAAAACUAAAGCCUCUACCAAAUCAGUACUACAUAAAAAUAAAUCUAAUUAGGCUUCUUCGUGUGACCGAACAAUGAUGGUUGCAGGUCGAACCAUUAUGUUAUUUUGUAGAUUACCAGAUUUAUAACUCUGUUUUAUAUAAUAUAUUAUAAAUAUUACAAAGUGGUAACAAUGCGUUUUAGAGCAUCUCCAAGAGGACUUUAUUUUUUCCUCUAUAAUUUACACUUAAGACCAUCUCCAAUGGUUUACACUAUUUUUUACUCUAAAAUAGAGUGACUCUAUAAUAGAGUUUAAGUUUUCUCCAAUAGUACUCUAUUUUAGAGUAGAAAAUAGAGUGAUGAACAAAAAAAAAAUAAGUUACUCUAUAUUUGGAGUAAACCUAUUUUUCACUCUAUUAUAGAGUGAAAAAUAGAGUACCAUUGGAGCAUUUUUACUCUAAAACUCUAUUUUAGAGUGAAAAAUAGAGUGGGGUUGGAGAUGCCCUAAAUAGAGUAACUCUAUUAUAGAGUGAACCAUUUGAGCAAAUCCAACUCAGUUAUUCUAUAUUAGAGUAAAAUAUAGAGAAAAUUAUAGUGUACCAUUGAAAAUUGUCUUAGUGGAUAUUAACGUGUUGGUGCAAGGUAAAAACAGGUUAUCUUCCUCGCCUCCUUGGGUUGGUCUCCUUUCGGUUUAUCUGUUGUCUCCUCUCACGUGUUUUAACGGAGCAUUAUAUUAAGAUCCGUGUUUCAACCCCAAUAAAGCUCGACGUUGGUGCUUUCCUCUUUCUAUUUCUAUGUUCAUUGUGUAACUCUCUUCAUAGGAUGUAUAGCUGCUUGAUCUAUGAUUUAGUUUCUGUUUUACUUAAUCUGCAGGUCUUGUAGUUUCAUCUUGGUUUUGGGGAUUGUUUUUUAAUUUGCCGGCCUUGGAUUCCAGGGUUUGUCUGGCUUUUGUUUCCCGGAGUUAUUAAACUCACCGGCUUUUGUUAGUUUCUUAUAAGCUAUGGUUUGUAUUUGAUCUAUCAAUAUAACUUUCAGUGAAAUAAAAAGAAAGGAUUUUUUUUUUGUUUUUGAGAAAAAAUAAAAAGAAGAAGAAAAAAAAAAGAAAUGAUAUUAGUGCAAAGACACGUGUUCAAGUGCCACUAAAGUCAAUUUUUUAAAAUAAAUAGUAGUUUUGUUUAUGACUGGUUUACCGUUUAAAAACCGAACUAAUUUUUAGAACACCGGUUUUUCGUCUAAUUAUAGCUCUUUAAAUUAAUCAAUCUGCCGUCACUAUUCAUAUUCCUAAAGAAAGUAAGAAUAUUCCUUUUAGUGUUACACUUUAGAUAUAUCUAAAAAACAAAUGUACUAUGUUCGCAAUACGUAAAGAGAACGUCACUAAGAGAAUCUUAGAAGGUCCCCCCAACUGCAACUUCCCUCUAUAAAUUCCAUAUUCAUUCUCUCACUCAAAAGAACAUUUUUCAAAAAGUAAAACAUAUCUCACUCUCUUUUAGUCUCCUCCACUCUUCAAAAGCUUAUAUCAAUACCAUCCUCUCCUUUCCAUACAACAAUGGACUCUCAUUCUUGCCACCAAACCAAACAGAUUAUCCUCGUACAUGGUCCCAUCAUCAUUGGAGCCGGUCCUUCCGGUCUUGCAACGUCUGCAUGUCUCUCUAGCCGUGGAGUCCCCUCUUUGAUCCUAGAACGUUCCGAUUCAAUAGCAUCUCUGUGGAAAUCCAAAACCUACGACCGACUCAAACUCCAUCUCCCUAAACACUAUUGUAGAUUACCACUCUUGGACUUCCCUGAAAACUUCCCAAAAUACCCUUCUAAAAACGAGUUCUUGGACUACCUUGAGUCAUACGCUUCGCAUUUUGGCAUCGUCCCUAGGUUCAAUGAGAACGUCCAAAACGCUUCUUACGAUUCCUCCUCCGGUUUAUGGAGAGUAAAGACUCUAAGUGGCGCAGAGUAUCUCUCCAAAUGGCUUGUCGUUGCGACCGGUGAGAACGCAGACGCUUACGUGCCGGAGGUUCCGGGGAUAUUGAAGUUCUCCGGUGGGAGAAUUAUUCACGCAAGUGAAUACAAAAGCGGUGAAGAGUUCCGACAACAGAAAGUUUUAGUUGUCGGAUGUGGAAACUCCGGCAUGGAGAUUAGUUUGGAUCUUGUUCGACAUAACGCUUCUCCUCAUCUUGUUGUCCGAAACACAGUUCAUGUGUUGCCAAGGGAGAUACUUGGGCUGUCAACAUUUGGAAUUGGGAUGACACUUCUCAAAUGUUUACCAUUGAGGUUUGUUGAUAAGUUCUUGUUACUGAUGGCUAAUCUGUCGUUUGGAAAUACCGACCGGUUAGGUCUACGCAGACCAAAAACCGGUCCGCUUGAGCUAAAGAAUCUCACCGGAAAAACUCCGGUUCUUGACGUCGGAGCUAUGACUCUCAUCAGAUCUGGCAAGAUUCAGAUAAUGGAAGGUGUAAAGGAAAUUACAAAAAAGGGAGCAAAGUUUAUGGAUGGUCAAGAAAAGGAAUUUGACUCUAUUAUAUUUGCCACUGGUUACAAAAGUAACGUGCCUACUUGGCUUCAGGGAAGUGAUUUUUUCACGAAGGAAGGGAUGCCGAAAACUCCGUUUCCAAACAGCUGGAGAGGAGGGAAAGGUUUGUACACCGUUGGGUUUACGAGGAGAGGACUCCUUGGAACGGCGUCUGACGCGGUUAAGAUCGCUGGCGAAAUAGCUGACCAGUGGAGAGACAUAAAGGGGGCCACCAAGAAUUUGUGCAGCUCUCGUUUUGUUAUUAUCUCUAAAUCCUAAUUUGUGUUUUGAAAACGAAAAACAAAUCACUACCUAAUUUUGCAUGUUGUAAAUUGAAGAAAUAAACUUGUAUAGAUGCGGAUUUAGAUUAGUAUAUAACGUUUUGACUGUCAUUUAAAAUUGCUAAAACAAAAUACUCUAGGAACUGUUAAAACUUAAAAGUGUGUAUUCAAUUUAAAAUGAUUUAAUUUUAAUGAGUUUUAGAUGAAUUUAGUUGAUUUGAAAAUUUACCAUAAUUUUGUUUAAACCACUAUUUAAAACUAUGAAAGCAUAUUUUUAAUAUUUGUAACUAAGAAAUGCUAGCAAAAUACUACAAUGGAUUAUAAAGUAUAUCAAAUAGCAAAUUCAAUAAUAUAUAUAUAUAUAUAUAUAUAUAUUUAAAAUAUGUUUGAAGAAUAAUGAAUUUGUCAUUUUAAUAUGAAUCACUUCCAACUGAAUAAGCUCUUAGAACAUGAUUAACGCUGCACGGGUUUUUAUUUGAUUUUUUUUAUUUGAUAAAAAAAAAGACAAAUCAAUCGCGGAUCACCAUGUAUCAACGGAAUCCGUGAACAGUGCAAGAACCAAGUUAAACUUAGUCCUUAUAAAAGACGCGGAAGACACGGUUUUUAUAAAAACAGUGGGACCCACCCCUUAAGAACCAAAUUAAGACCCGCCGUUAAUUAUGCUUAGUAUCUACAUCUACUUAAGUAAUCUACUUAAGUUAGUUCAUGUCACGCCAUUGUCGAUUCUGUAAACAGUUUCAAUCUUAUUAAAAAUAUGACAUUGCUUUGCUAUUUGAGAAGGUUAUAACUUAUAAGUAGUGAAAGGUUAGAAAUACAUCAUUCCCACGACAUAUUAAUGUCAGAUGGAAAUACAUAGUGGGUAAUAUUGAAUGUGUCACAUCUACGCAAGAGAGACAAAUGAAUAUGUAACGAAGUGUGUAUGUAAAGAGAGAAGCAAACGCAAGGAAGAGAAAUGGAUGGAGGUGGGCACUGAUUUGUCACUGAAAUGAGAAUUGAGAUAGAGAGAUCUGACACUCUUCUGCGACCACCGCAUGGACUAUCUCUUUCUACGAAAUUGAUCCAUCGCUCUCUCUUUCUCUGCCGUCAUGAGAGAACACAUACAUUGAUACAUACACACGCGCAUUUUUUUAAGGGUUUUGUUUUAGUCACUUUACCCAAAAUACAAUACAACUAACUUCAUAUAAUGGGUUAUUGCAUCCCAAUCUGAAUGGAUUAUUGGAGUAAUGCGUUUGUUUUGUUUACGUGUAUAAAUUUUUAUACAGUCCGGGCUUUGAAAUAUCUGUUUAUUGAGACAUGACCUUUUUCACUGUUGGAGUAAUGGCUUCGCGCAAGCUAUUUGCUAGAAGCACAUUAUAGCACAGUAGAACCACGUCUGGAAAAUAAAUUAUAUUACAUCAUAUUUAAAUACUUACAGAAAAUAUUUACAAAUUCAUAACUUCUUAUAAUAUACUAGGAAAUAGGACAUAUAUACUUAUCAAAAAGUUAAAAUUCUCUGAAGUGAAUAUGAGUCAAAUGUUGGAAAAAAAUGUAGAAUAUGAGAAAUCCUUUACCAAGAGGCAAGAACAAGUAUUGAGUCAAUACCAAAUAAAAUAUCAAACUAACUCAACAGUUCAACGGUAUUUGAGGGCAUUGAAUUCAAUAAACGUUAUGACACGCAUCCAUGCACACCUUACGUUAACUAUCCUCAGUCACUUGCGUCACUCUGUGAUUUUAUUAUUAUUUCUUAUUGCAUUCUUCUUUUUUAUGGUUAGGGGCUUUGUGCUACUGACCAUUUUUGCAGGCACUGUCAAUUUUCAUGAUGGAUUUGACAUUUCUCUUUGCAGGUUAAGUAUGUCACCGCUCUUUUAAUUCCCUCGCAGCUUCCGUCAGUUUAAUACCCCAAUCCUUGAUCCUCUUUAUGACAUUCAUAUCUGAGUUUAAUAGCUUCAACUUUUGACUACGGGUUUGAUUGGUAAUUGUAUAGUAAACUAGACUAAAAGAAAAAAAGUGGAAAUGAAUGGAAAAAAAAAUUGGUGAAAAACAAGAAAAAUAAAAAGAAACACUUUCACUUUAGUAAAAUGUAGAAUAACCAUGAGUCUAUAUUUUCCCCCAUUUAAAUAGUAAAUAGAGUAAAAUGAAAAAUGUAUUUCAUUUGAUUGGUAAACUUUUAGUGGGAUUUGGAGUAAAAUUAUUUUUAGAGUAGAAAUAUUUUUAUGAGUAAAAGUUUAUUCUAACGGUACAAUUCAGUCAGACUCUACAUUUGGUUUAAUUAGUUUACUAGCUAAGUUGACUUUCUACGUUUUGUAUAACAAAUGAUAACUAAUUAAUCACUUGUUUAGUGGGUCUCAAUCUUUUUUUGGUAAACAAUGGGUCUCGAUCUUUUUUUAAAAAUAAUGAAAAAUGGGUCUUAAUCCUUAAUCCCACUGAGCACGUUAAGUUACUUGAUCAAAUGAUAUUUUCUACAUUUUUUAACAGAAAAAUCAAACAUAUCUUCUUGGCACGUGUAAUAAAACUUAACUACAAAUAAGAUAAGAGUUGAAAGGUGACUGAAAAAUGAAGAAGAACAUGAAAUUUCCUAUCAUUCCUAUAAAAAAAAUACAUUCACAAAGAAUAUUUUUUUCUUUUUAUUUAUUCUCAUUCCUUUUGUAAAACAAUAUAAAACAAAAUUAUUGUUUAUUAAAUUUGAAAAAGAAUAAACAUUAUUUUUCAUUCCUACUAUUUUAUUCAUAUACAUUUUAAUUUUCACGUUCUUCUUAUUCCCGAAAAAAUCACCAGUCAGAGCCUAAAAUUGUAAGAGAUCGAGGGAACAAGAAUUAGUAUUGUAACUAUAUAAUUAUUUCCAUACUAACUAAUUAUCAAAUUAUACUUAUAUGUGCAUAUCAAUUAAAAUUGUUAUUAGUGUUGGAUACUAACAUGGGUUUUUUUUUUGUUAAGGUGAAUUUAGUUCGUUAGAUCAUUCUUUCGUGUUUCAGUUGGUUUCAUGCCAUUAGUAAGUUUAUCCAUUUCAUUUAAAUUUGCAUGCAUGCCAUAAAUUUUUUCUUCGAAAGGCGCAUGCAUCCGCGCAUGUCAUAAAUUUAUUAAUGCAUAUUUGUCAUAUGCAUUCUUUUACAAAAAAAAAAAUAUUUGUCAUAUGCAUGUAUAUAUUAAUUGGUACACGAGGAUCUAUAUUUUCUUGUUUCGUUUUUUUCGAAAACAUUCACACAUCUCCAUCGACUAAUGACUGAAUUUCUAUUGGAAGGUACACGACGAUCUAUGUUUUUUUCGUUUCAAUUUCUUUCAAAACACUCAUACAUCUCCAUCGACUAAUGACCAAAUUUUUAUCGGUAGCAAGUAGAGGAUAUUGACAGCAACGACAACAAAAAAGAGGGUGGGGAUGGUAAAAUCCCGAUUAUGUUUUAGCAUUAUUUUAUACGUAUGACUUGUCUGAUUGAUGCUAUAUAAUUUAUAAGGAUGCAAUAGUGAUAUACGACUAAGGCAUGGACCACGAGGGGGAAUUAGAAUCGAGAUAAAAAUACUCAUGAUCCGAUGAACCGUACCUUCCCUAUUGCACUCUUAACUUGGCAUGCACUUGUACUUAUCAACUUGCUACACAAACAAGAUGCAUGGGAUAAACCAAAACAAAAGCAAAAGCAAAAUUUUAAGAUGCACGGGGAUUUGCCAUGCAAAUAAACAAAUGCACUUCUUUUACUCACGUAUUAUAUGUAGCCAUAUAUGUGAAACUUGAGAAAAUGUACAAGUCAAAUUUUUGAGUUUGUAUUUAUAUGUACAUAUGAUGACAACAGCAGAGCUUUCAUGAGAAUAGACAUGUCGUGUCGUCUGCUGAUUCUGCAUCCUUCGUCCAAGUUUACUCUUAGAUUGCUGUAUUCCCAUUUGUAUCAUCCACCAUACCUAUUCCAAUGGCCAAUAAUACUCUAACUCGUGUUUAAAGUUUUGCAGUUUCGAAUUAUCAGAUCAAUUACCAUUGAGUUGUACUAAAAGUCUAUUACAUAUGCAUUUUUGUUGCAACUAUAUAUCAAAAUUGAACUACUUAGUUUUAUCUAGGUCCUAGUUAUAGAUUAUUAGAACAUAUGCAUUUGAUUACACAUGUUUUUGCGGAAAAUCUGUGAAAUUGUGUUUUGACCGCUAAGCAAGAAAACAAAUUGCAAUACUGAUAUUAGCUACACAAAUUUAACUAUAACAUACAACUUAAGAAUCAAUUACUAGAGAAUGUAUAAGGGAAUAUAGAGUUGUAAAGGUGCAUAUGAGGUUAAUGAUCAUCUUCAACACAUUGCUAUUUUUACCUUUAAUCAAAAGUACUCCAACUCAUCUUCACUUCUUGUUAUAAAAUACACAUUGCUAUGUUUUCUCUAUAAUUAGAGGAAGAAAUAAUAAUUUCUAUUGUUAUUCUAUAUUUUGAAGAAUGCUAUCUUAGAGGAAUGCAUUAGUAAAAUUCAUGAUAUCAUAAAGUUCCUUUAUUUUAGAGAAAUUAGCAAAAAUACAUUUAAAAUGGUCUAAAAGCAAUUAUCUAUGACAUUUCAUCUUUUUUCUUUAUUUUUUCUUUAUUUCCGUGAGAAAUAGGAUUCACAAGUCAGAUAAAAAUAUUAAUGGCCAUGUUUUUUUUAACUCAAACUCAGAUUUUUGUUGAUAAAUAUUAUUAGUAUAUCGAGGGAAAGCUACCAUUAUAAAUUUAUAAUAGCCACAGAGUUUCUUUCUCAUUGCCUGGGUUUAUAGAGAUUUAGGAAUGAAACAUACAACUUGCCAACAAAAAGGAAAUUAUGUUGUUAUUGUUAUGUGAAGUUUUCUAUGUUCCAACAGAAAAUUGGGGUAAAGUAUUGUACAAACAUAUCUCGUUUACUUCACUGAGUUUUGCUUUCCUUGUGUACAGAGCAAACCUAUUAUGUUGCUCGAAGUUGCCUUGUGCAAGAGGCUUGGCCAGUUGGUCUUACAAACUACGAAAGAAAAGAAAAAGGCCUGUCUUCUGGACUUGAGAGUUGAUGUUGGGCCUAUAAACAAAGUACGUUCAAAGAUGGAUUAAUAUUUGUUCCCCCCCUCAAAAAAAACUAUUUUUGAAUUUAGUCAACAAACCUAUAAAUAGGAAUUUUUUUUGAGAAAUUUGGCUACAUGCACAUAACAAACAAAAAAAUCAACAAUAUAACAAUAACCUUCAUUAGGCUAUGAUAUUUAUGUAUUAAUUUCUAUUUUGCCAUUUUUCACUUUCAUCUUUUCUUUUUAAUUGACUUUAUAAGUUUAAAAAAUAUUUAUUUGAUUUUUUAAAUACUUACAAAAAACAU